GCGCCUGCACGGAAGCGGCUGCAGGAUGUGACAGGUGCCGCCUCUGUAUUUACCUCCGCUUACCACUGCGGGACACUUUUAGGGCUCACGGCAGGAUAACCAUGAUCCCGUUUACCGUGAAUAUCAAGCUGUCCACCCGUACACUUACCGGAGCCCUUACGCAGCAAAACAAGGGGGCAUUAGACUGGGGCUGCCAGGGUCUCAUUGCAUAUGGAUGUCACACACUAGUACUUGUGGUAGAUCCAAGCACUGCACAGACGCUACAGGUUUUAGAAAAGCACAAAUCCAGUAUUGUUAAGGUAAAAUGGGCAAGAGAAAACUAUCACCACAACAUGGGCUCCCCUUAUUCUUUGCGGCUGGCGUCGGCUGAUGCCAGUGGGAAGAUUAUUGUUUGGGAUGUGGGGAGUGGCACUACAAGGUGUGAAAUACAGGAACACUCCAAGCCCAUUCAUGACAUGCAGUGGCUUUGGAGUCAGGAUGCCUCACGUGACCUUCUUCUGGCUGUUCAUCCUCCCAACCUCAUUGUGCUGUGGAACGCAGACACCGGUACCAAGCUGUGGAAGAAGAGUUAUGCUGAAAACAUCCUGUCUUUCUCUUUCAACCCCUUCCAGCCCUCUCAUCUUGCUUUGCUCACCAGUGAGGGCAUUGUGUUUGUCUCUGACUUUUCUCCAUCUAAACCUCCAACAAGCAGCGGAAGGAAGGUGUAUAUAUCCAGCCCUCAUGCCAGCCCUGCACACACCAAACCAGUAACAGCUACUGGUGCCAAGAAAGCGUUGAACAAGGUGAAGAUUCUUAUCACCAAUGAGAAGCCCAGUGCUGAAGCUGUGACUCUCAAUGAGUGCUUGCAACUCUCCUACUUGCCUUCUAAACGCAAUCACAUGCUGCUGCUUUACCCCCGGGAAAUUCUGAUCUUGGACUUGGAAGUCAACCAGACGGUUGGUGUUGUGGCCAUUGAGAGGACUGGCGUUCCAUUUCUGCAGGUAAUCCCCUGCUUUCAGAGGGACGUUCUCUUCUGCCUUCAUGAGAAUGGCUGUAUAACGCUGCGCGUCGGGAGGCAAAGCUGCGGUGGCUUAGGAGCACCAAAUGAAGAGACAGAUUCUGACCCAGUGCCUGAAAUGACGUAUGACCUGCGCUGUCAGUGUGAUGCUAUUCGAGUGACAAAAACCGUUCGCCCUUAUUGCAUAUCAUGCUGCCCCAUAAAUGAGAACUUAGCAGCCUUGAUCAUCAGCGAUGGACGUAUCAUGAUUUGGGAACUGAAGUCCAGCGUGGCCGGCAAAAAAAUGAGCAGCGUCAGUCCCAGCUUGGGUGCUUUAUAUGCCCCCCUUUCGUUUUGUGGGAAGCCAGUUGGACCCAUGCAGAGAAAGCUUCCUGAUCUUUCACUGGAUAGCAUGAUAGCUGGUCAGAGCACGCUUGCUGGAGAUUCUCUGCUCUCUGGGAGCCCACUCCAAGAAGUACACCUCAAGUUUCUCCUGACAGGCCUCAUCUCUGGGCUUCCACAGCCACCAUUUGUAGUAAGAAUGUGUCCCCCGCUUACUACCAAGAACAUUACACAGUACAAACCACUGAUGGCUGUUGGUACCAGCACUGGCUCUAUAUUAGUCUAUAACCUGACCAGUGGACUUCUGCACAAAGAGUUAAACAUCCAUUCUUGUGAGGUCAGAGGCAUUGAGUGGACCAGUCUCACAAGCUUCCUCUCCUUUGCAACCUCCACCCCAAACAACCUUGGACUGGUCAGAAAUGAACUCCAGUUGGUGGAUCUUCUUACAGGGAGGAGUAUAGCAUUUCGAGGAGAGAGAGGUAUUGAUGAACAACCCAUGGAGAUGAUUAAAGUGUCUCAUUUAAAGCAGUACUUGGCCGUGGUGUUUAAAGACAAGCCCUUGGAAUUAUGGGACAUUCGCACUUGUACUCUGCUGCGGGAGAUGUCUAAAAGCUUCCCUUCUGUGACAGCCUUGGAGUGGUCCCCAUCCCACAACCUGAAGAGCCUCAGAAAGAAGCAGAUGGCAGCCCGAGAGGCGAUAGCACGUCAGACCGUCUCUUCAGACACAGAAUUAAACAGCGCGGAGUCUUCGGUCAUAAGUCUCUUACAGGAGGCGGAGAGCAAGGCGGAGAUGAGCCAGAAUAUCUCUGCGCGGGAGCACUUUGUCUUUACCGAUACAGAUGGCCAGGUUUAUCACCUCACCGUCGAGGGCAACUCUGUCAAAGACAGUGCCAGGAUUCCCCCAGAUGGCAGCAUGGGCAGCAUCUCUUGCAUCGCCUGGAAAGGAGAUACCUUGGUCCUGGGAGAUGUGGAUGGAAAUUUGAAUUUCUGGGACCUGAAAGGACGUGUCUCCAGGGGGGUUCCUACUCACAGAAACGGGGUUAAGAAGAUCCGAUUUGCCCCAGGCAAAGGCAAUCAGAAGCUGAUAGUACUCUACAAUGAUGGGGCAGAGGUUUGGGACACCAAAGAGAUUCAGAUGGUCAGUAGUUUGCGAGGCGGGCGGAACAUCAGCCACCGCAUCCUGGAUGUAGACUGGUGCUCAUCAGACAAAGUCAUCUUGGCCUCCGAUGACGGCUGCAUUCGAGUGCUGGAUAUGACUAUGAAGUCCACUUGCUUCAGAAUGGAUGAACAGGAGCUGAUUGAUCCAGUCUGGUGUCCGUAUCUGCUCUUCCCAAGGGCGGCAUUUGUCCUCAAAGCUUUCCUGCUCCACCAGCCUUGGGCAGGCAAAUAUUCCCUGGCUAUUACAGAUCUGGAUUAUCCAGAGCACGAGGACAUGAAGGAUCUCAUACAGCAGCAGAUCAACUCCUUGUCCAAUGAUAUAAAGGGCUUGCUCCUGGACCCAGAGUUCACCCUUCUGCAGAGGUGCCUGCUCGUGGCAAGGCUCUAUGGGGAUGAGUCUGAACUCCAUUUUUGGACUGUGGCGGCUCAUUACCUGCAAGCGUUCCAGCGAGAGAAGUCUCAGGCGGGCUCGGCAUUAAAUCCCUUAGAUAUUUGUUAUGACCUGCUGUGUGAGAAUUCAUACUUUCAGAAAUUUCAGCUGGACCGAGUUUGCCUGCAGGAAGUGAAGCGGUCGAGCUAUGAACACACAAGGAAGUGCGCUGACCAACUCCUGCUUCUCGGCCAAACAGACCGAGCGGUGCAGCUGCUGCUGGAGACCAGUGCUGAGAAUCCACAGUAUUACUGUGACUCCUUGAAAGCCUGCCUGGUUACCACUGUCACCUCCUCUGGACCCUCCCAGAGCACCAUUAAACUAGUGGCCACCAACAUGAUUGCUAAUGGGAAACUAGCAGAGGGAGUACAGCUGCUGUGCCUGAUAGAUAAGGCUGCCGAUGCCUGCCGGUACCUCCAGACCUACAAUGAAUGGACUCGAGCAGCUUGGUUGGCAAAGGUGAGGUUAAACCCAGAGGAGUGCGCUGAAGUCUUGAAACGCUGGGUCGACCAUCUCUGCUCAGCCCACAUCAACCAAAAAUACAAGGCCAUCCUUGUGCUCCUUUCUCUUGGCAGCUUCCGGAAAGUCAUUGAGAUGCUCCACACCAUGAGAUGCUUUGAUAGAGCGGCCCUGUUCUCGGAUGCCUGCCUGCAGUGUGGCGCACUUGAAGACAAUGAAGAAACAAAUAAGGUGGUCUCGGCGGUGUUUGCUGAUUACGCCCACAGCCUGCGUUCCCUCGGAUUCACCCCGGGGGCUCUGCUGUUCAGCCUGAAGGCAGGCGAAGCCGGGGCAGAGUUACUGGCAGAUCUUCAGAACACCAAGAGCACAGAGGAGAAAUGAGUAGAGAAACAAUGCUAAGAAAUAAUAGACAUACCAGGGGGUGUAUGGAGUACAGCUGUGCCAGCAGGGAGGGGGGCACGGACACUGGCUUUACAUGGGUAAUGUGCCCUGUUCCCUCAUCCCUACACUACCUGAUACUUGCACAUUCACGGUAAUAGGGGGGUGUAGAGGAGGAUCCAUGUAAUUGAUUAGACAUUCCAACUCCUCCGUUCAGAUGUAAAUAUGUUGGGCCCCUCAGACGGGCCCCUCGGACUGGCCCCUUAUCUGGAAUUCUGCCUAUUGCCCUACAUGUGGCUGCUGAUGGUUUGGCCAUACAUCUGUUAUUAUGGCUGUGCGCCUAGUGUGUGUCCUACUGAUACUUAUACCCUAUUGAUUGGUUGGAACAUAUCUGUAUGGGGCAUUACUGAGGAAGUGAGUAGCAGCCGCAGCUUCACUUCCUGCUCUUCUGAUGGAGCAAUAGAAAGUCAUACUGUGUAUGGCCCCUCAUGUGGUAUCCAUCCGGUCAGCCAGCAGCCUAUUGGUUGGAUACCAAACAUUAUCACUGAGAGUAUGGCCACCUCCAUUAGUUAUCUAGAACCAUCCGUGCUUAUACAUUUUGGAUCAAUAAUGCCCCCCCACGCUGGAGCCUGUUCUCAGCUGGAUGCCAGACCCAUGGAAGUGAUAAUAGAUGUGGCCCUUCGCCAAACCUUGUUUAGUUUAUUAGGGAACCUCUACGUAUACGAUGGCUGCCUUGUUUGUAUGUAGAGAGUAGACUCGGCGUCCAUAAGAUGUAUAUCCCAGGAAGUGCUCAUUAAUCAUUGUGCAGCAGCCUGACUUCCCCCUCUGCUUUGGUGGUGAUGGUACAACCCUGAGAUUAAACUACCUAAUGGUACAUUCCUUAUUACCCCAACCCAGCUCCCAUUUACAUACAGUCCUACCCCCUCUGGUCCUUAUUGCUUAUCCCCAUGAAAGGCAUUCUGGGAUUGCUCGCUGAUCCCAGCCGAAAGCACAUUCCUUUGUUCGGUCCCCCACAAUCCCGUCUGUCAGCGCCUCUCAUUGCAAUAGGUUUGUAUUUAUGGGCGCAAUUUAAACCACACAGCGGCAUCAUUAUUUGCUUUCUCCCGUCCAUGUCACUGCGCCUUCAUUCUCUCUAUUUAUUUAUAAAUAAAUAACGUUCCAAGUACAAUUCAGGUCAUUUGCUUUGAAUGCAGGAAACCUUUUAAAAAUUACCCUAAUGCUUCCAGCGACAGCUCCUAGUAAAUUAUACCCCGCGUUGGGACCUUCAGGGGGAAAUCAGUCUGUUUACAAGUUUAUUUUCUGUUUAUUUUCCAUUAAAGAGUUAUUAAAGCUCCAGGGCAUAGAUUAACUACGAA